GUCUCCAGAACUUUCCACCACCAUCUUCGACUCCAGAACUACAGGAAAUCGUCCUUCUCGUCCACUGCCUAUAGAAAUAUGAAGAUCGUCCCAGUCCCUGUCCGCGAGGACAAUUACGCCUACCUCCUCAUCGACGAGCCUUCGAAUAAGGCUGCUGCUGUUGACAUCUACGAUGUGCCCAAGGUGACGGAGAAGGCAAAGGAGCUAGGGGUUGAAAUCGUUGCAGCGAUUACCACGCAUCAUCACUACGACCAUGCUGGAGGGAAUAAGGCAUUUGCCCAGCUAUACCCUGGUGCACCGAUUUAUGGAGGGAGUGACCAGGUGGCUGCAGUGAACAAGAUCGUCAAGGACAACGAAACCUUCACGUUCGGUGAUAACAUUACAGUCCGCUGCCUCGCUACUCCAUGCCACACCCGAGAUUCCAUCUGCUUCCAUGUAACCGAUGCAGUCAACAAAAACCACCCAGGAGGCGUGUUCACAGGGGACACCCUCUUCAUCGGUGGUUGCGGCAGAUUCUUCGAAGGCUCGGCAGAAGAGAUGGUUCAGGCCCUUAACUAUCUGAGAACUCUCCCUGACGAAACUAUCGUUUACAAUGGCCACGAAUACACCGCUUCCAACCUCGCGUUUGGGAAACAUAUCGAACCUGACAGUCCCGGAAUCGAAAAGCUGACGGAAUUGGUGGAGAAGAAUAAGAUCACGACCGGAUUGACAACUAUUGGGGACGAGAAGAGGUGGAAUGUGUUCAUGAGGUUGGGGGUUGAAGCCGUUAGGAAGGCAACUUCUGCAAACGAUGACACGCCAGACGCUGUGGUUAUGGAUUCCCUGCGAAACCAAAAGAACACGUACAAAGGUUGAUCCACUCUCGAUCCUCUUCCUUCAACACACAUCGUACUCAAUCCCACCCUCCGUCUUCCAAACUGUGAAGCCGCGCUAUAACGAGAACCAAGCUGCCGUUCGUAAAGCGAAAUUCAGAUACAUGUAUAUUAUUAGUUCGAGAAUAUCCAAUCGCGCCCU